GGAGAUGCCGUCGAACAGAUAAACGCAUAAAACAUCGCUGCUUCAUUCUGGCCACGCAGCUGAUCCGAUAAGUCGACACUAAAGGCCGUUCCGGCGCUUCAGUACAGUAUUAUGAAGAAGUCCAGAUGCCAGCACGCGAGGGGUUGGAUGGUGUUUAUACUCAUCAUCCGGAGUCGAUGGAAGGAGGAGAAGGCUCCGAGGCUACCAAAGAAAGAGCAGCUUGUACAUACCACUGUACUGUAAUUGUUUGCCGGAGAAGCAUCUGUUUCCAGGAUGACACCUGUACAGGCCCACUCGACUCGACAGGGAAGGCCAGGGAGUCCACAGAGUCUCCCCCGGGUCAUCGCAAGCGGCUCUCACAUGGAUAACAUCAGCUACUCGUCAUUCUUCCUCCGCUCAGAGGGAAACCAACGCUCUGGUCAAGCCAAUUUCCUCUGCAACCAGGAUCCGUUUCCGGACUACAAUUGGCCACAGACACCUUGGGCGCAAGGCGUGCGUCCUCAAUCCGGACCUGUUCACCCUCCUGGGCUUGCAAACAGCCAGUACAAGUGCAUAGACUUGUCUCGGAAGCCGGGGUGCAUUGAUCCGCUCCACCCAAAAUUCAGUAUCAUUGCAGGACAUAAUUGUUGCAAGACCAGAAUCAGAUCUACUAGUACCACAGUAGACCAGCUUACCGUAUGCGGCCUUUCAAACCAACACUGGGACGAGCACACAGUGCGACUGGGCCGAGGCGGGCUCCUGUCUUUGAGAGGAAGAUGCCGAAUACUAAAAGUCUCGGCGGACGCAAUGGGGAACAGAGCCGCUCGACGAUUCAUCAACCGGACAGGCCGGCGACUGGUACUGCUGGAGCUUCCAAUAUUGUUGAUGUUCUCGAUGCCAGCGCUCGAUCGACGUGGGAUCGACCUCGAGUGGCCCCCGGUUGAGCACUUACCCAGGUCUGACGACAGUGUGAACUAAAAAGGGUGCUGGAGUGCGGAUUUCUACUAGCACCCUGGUCCGACCGUCCUGCCCGAGCACGACCGUCAGGGAAUAGCGCCCUGCAUUUUGCUGGGUUUUGGCAUGGGGCCUGACAAGCCGAACAGACCACCCCCUCCGAAUUUCCACUCCGAACAUUUCACAUCUUUCAUAAUAGUUUCAAAGGCCCGCAGACUCGGUGGUGUGGAUGAACUUUGUGUCGCUUUGUAAAACAGAUCUUUUACUCGCGCACCGCCACCAUACCUCCGAAUCCAACGACACCAGACGCCUCUACAUGCAAAAAUUUCCAUCAAUCGACGAUAUGUUGCGGCGCAUCAGGUCAACUUCUUAACCAGUCCUUACAAAAACCUCCGAGAUUGACAACUUAAUCGACGUUUGCGACACAACAAUCGUCCAAAUCCAGCCAGCCAUCGUCUACCCCCAGGGAUCAUAUCAUCGCGCCGUGAGGGACAAGUUCACCCACACUCCACAGACGAUCUGAGCUGCGGGAGUCCCUUCAGCCUCGUUGACUGUGAUGCUUUUCCUGAACGCUUCGAAAGGAAGCCAGGUCAUGGUUUGAAGCACUCCGGAAAAACCAGCGCGCAAGACUCGUUGUCCCUCGUGGGUGGUGAAUCUCGUAGCUCGGCCGCAAGCCUACUACCUACUUCACGAUCGACACCAGAUCCUUGAUCGACAGUCUACGACGUACCCAGGAUUGCUACCACUACUGGUUUAAUCAGGCUCUGGAUGACCAUAUCAACGAUUAUCCUUUUGUCAUACUCUACUUUGACAGCCUGCAUCGUACGAUACUUGCCGCCGCCAUUCUGGUUUCACUGAGCUGGAUUUGUCCGCCGCGGUCUCUCUCUCCGCGUAUCACAAGGUCACGAAUACGGUGGUCGGGCGCUCUCAUCCACAGCAAGUAGAUCCCAGCAUACAAACAUUUAAUCACUACCCAGCAUUGCGUUCCUCUCAAUUGAAAGCUGAAGCAUUUCCCACGAAUACGUUGCCUCAGUUCGUUUGUUUGUGCGACGGAGCGUUUCGCAUAAUCUCUGCCACUCAACCAUCGCGGAAUGAGUGGUCCCUUCGACCAUGGCAUGAAUAUGCCACUGCCCAACAUGAUGGGCGCCAGCUUCCCUGUCUUCAAUGGCAAUUUUCCUGCAGCAUAUCCCAGGCUCUCAGGUCCACCACCGACGCAUUUUGACGGGAGUGCAUUCUGGUACAACCCCAACAAUGCCGAGCAAACCUAUGAUAGAGAUGCCGGCGUCUUCGGUGGUCGAGGUGUCCCCUUCCCGUCAACAGCUAUGGAGUCUUCAAGCGUCAAACACCGCAGGACGCGAAGUGGCUGUUUUACUUGUCGGAGUAGAAGAGUCAAGUGUGACGAAACCAGGCCUAUAUGUGAUAGAUGCAAGAAAGGGAAUCGCGAGUGCGAAUUUCCACAACCGACCACCUCUUCGAAACGAUCCAAGCAUGGUGAAAGCCGAAGUCCGAAGGAUCCGACUGUCAAACAUGAGACCAAGCAUGACAACAUGUCAGGGUUAGCCACCAUCAAGGACGAAGGCGAAGACUAUGACGAUGACGAUGACAACUCCUGGAAGUCGCCCACGGAACGUCCUCCGCUCAGUCGUCUCCGAACCGAUAGCGCACAGUCGAUACGCCAGACGAGCAAAUCCAAUCAUAUUUUGGGAGGCUCAACGAUGGGGAAAGAACAUACCAGCCCCCAGUCAACAGAAGCAUCCGAUACGCGGUCAAGGGACGAGACACCGGCGUCGUCAUUACGGACUGUUGCCAACUCGGCCGAGAUGCAAGCCCGACAUGCGAAGAUCAAGACGCUUAAACCAGACCUGCAGAAGUACUUGCAGUUUCAGCAAGAGUACAUGACAUAUUAUCAUUAUUUCUUCAAACUGGACCCUACCGACUUUGUACACAGUGAAUUCAUCGAUCUCGCUCUAGGCUACGAGCCAUUGCUGUACGCCGCGGUAGGGUUUGCGGCCUAUCACUACGAGCUGCAACAGCCCGAUCCUAAAUUGUCGCAUUUCCUGGGCUACCAUAGCAAGUCUUUGUCGAUGCUUCGGAAGUCGUUGGAGAGCAACGCGAAGAUCACCGAAGCUACUUUAUUGACAGUGUUGCAACUGGCAACAUUUGAAGAGUAUAUUGGAGACUGGGUGAACCUCGUUGGGCAUCACCGAGCCGCCUGCACCAUGAUUCGGGAACUAUUUACAUCCCACUCGAUGAUGGAGACCGACUUGGGCCGGCGUAUAUUCAGCUGGUAUGCUCGACUAGAUGUCACAGUUGGUCUAAUGGCCGGCAAGGUGACCAGGCUGGAUCGAGAAUGGUUUGAAGCCAACUCUACCUGGUACUAUAACCAGAUCAACAACGAUCCGGACGGCGAUCUGGACAUUGAGAAUACCUUGGCGUACUUUGUGGCUGCUAAUCGACUCAUUGGGAUGGACCUCGCAGUUUUGUUUGCACAAUUUCGGCAGCAUAGGGACGGCCAGGAAGCGACAUUCCGAGCCGAGGUUGGCAAGGUGGUUGAAAGACUUGAAUCUAUGAAGCGCGAAAUCGAGCUAUUCAACGAUGAAUACUACCGGAUACAAGAAUUUCCGGUCGAGAAGAUCAGACCGUUGACGCCUGACGACAUUGUCAAUCCUUACGCGCCUGGGGGACUUUUCAAGGAUGUCCUGUGGCCGUUGAACUUCAUGUGGAUUGACUGGUAUAGCAUCGAACAAAUGCAGAAGUAUCAGAUGGCUUUGCUACUCAAGGAACCAAUACCCCCGGAAGUGGAGCAGCUAAGCCUCGAACAAUACCGCAUCAUCGAAGCCAUUGACCGGUGGCCAGAGGCGCCAAAUGGAGCAAUUCUCGGCGCACAUGCAAGUCUUGGCCUUUCGUCGGUUUUCUUGAAAAGAGAUCCUAGGUAUAUAAUGUGGGCACGAAAGAAGUUCGCCACAGUGGAGCGGCUGGGCUAUAUCUACCCGCCAUCGUUCCGCCGUAACAUGGCAAUGUUGUGGGGACUGACACGCGAGGAAGUGGGAGAGAAUGAAUCGGUGGAAAAUUGGUGGCUUCCAAACGACGAAGGAAAUCUCCCCAUGUUGAAGGACCUUCGCAGGGUCGUUCAGGAAAGGCAUGAAAACGACGACCAAAUGUCGUCAGGAAUGGAAUCUCUGGAGAAUGUCAGGGAUCUGAAGGCUAUUUUUGCAAAGUUGGAUAUCCGAACCCAGGGCCCUCCGGAUUCGGCAUCCAUGACAGACAACCGCAGUCCCACGAGUGAGGGCACUCCUGGAAUGAGUGACCGAGGAAGCCAUGCCAAUUUUAGCCCGACAAAUGUGAACUUUGGGCAUGAUCAUGGCGGCAACAUUCCGGUUCAAAUGAAUGCAGGUUAUGGGCCAAUGCUUCAACGGGCCUACACGAAGCCCUGAAUGAGGGUGGGUCCGAAGAACUAUCCGAGUCAAACCACCGAGUUGUCCUCCGUUGGACGUCGGGCAUGAACAAGUCAAAGCUUGUGAGUCCAGGCAGGGCCAUUGUCAGAGCGUACGCCCUCUGAGGCUAGAUGACUUCAAGUGCAAGCUUGAAGACUCAUGAUUUGUCAAGCGGCAACCUCCCAUCUUCAGAUGAACCUGGGGAGUUGGCGAGAAGCCGUGGCCAGUGGCGUUGUGGACGUGCUUUCCGGAUUGCAGCCUUGUGUCUGCUUCUGACACUGGCUUGUUCUGGCACUCUACACGCUUCAUCGCACUCUGCCUGGUGAAGUCAGUUCAAGGAGACUGUCUGCCGCCUACAAUCAGUCUUCUCACCGAGGACCUGCAUACAGCCGUGCUCUCGGCCGAGGACUGGAUGUGGAUACGUUCUCCGUUGUCACUGGAUAAACAUGUUGUCAUGAAUCUUAUGUUAGAGAAGUGGCACAUGCAUGCAGCACAAGCCUCUUAUGGUCGUAGGCGCCUACGGACCUUCCACUUGAUACGCGCCGCAAGAGUGGAAAGCCGUGGGAGCACGGUUCAGAAGAGAACGCCAUUGGUCCGUCCCCCAGAAAAACCUUCAGUGUCAUUUCUAGCAGUGGGACACGACGAUUGAAAAAGGCCAGCAAAGGACGUUCAACGAACACACAGACCUGCGCCGGCCGUACUGUGUCGUCUUGCUCUUCCGAUGUCUUGUAGAAAAGCUACCGGAGAAUGUCGCCCCGUCAUUAACAACAAUUAUGAUGACACGAUAUCAUUAUGGCCUUGUUGGGUGAAGGCGGUUCAGACCUUGGAUUUUGAUGCCAACCAGAACUGUCUUUGGUGGUUGGGAACAAGCAUUGGCACCGUCUUCAACGUCAACACUCGGCAUCGUCGUGGCCGUCGUGGUCAUGAAAGGCUCCCAACAGGAGCAAUAGCUCGCAGCACUACCGGGGUGUGAGAUUUGCUUCAAGGCUUUUGAGAGCGAAUGAAUUGCAUGAAUUGUUACUAUAGUAUACCAUUCUUUCGGAGGGCUAGUACUAGUACUGUACCAGAUAGUUAGUAGUAGGCUGGGAUCAGACUCGCUAGGUUAAUCCAUGGGCCGCUCGGAGAAGAUGCAGAUUUCGAUGCGGCCUCGGAUGAAACUUGAACUUGCAUGUUUCGUUUGUACACUAGGUAGAGUUAACAAAAAACACCGACUCGGACACG